GGGAGGCGGAAGUGCCGUGGGCCGCCGCCUCCGUCCCGGCUGCGGCUCCAGCCUAUUACAUAACGCGUCUCGGGCCUCGCGCACCUUUGGGUCUCAUCUCCCUUAGCCCAGGAUGCGCUGAGCCUCGCGACCCCGGUAGCCGCGGCCGGCUCCAGCCAGAGGUGAGGCAGUGAGGGCUGGCCAGCGGCUGGCCGGGGGUGGGGAGGUGACACAGGAGCAGCCCCGGGCCGGGACCUGCGAGAGGCCGGGCUCCGGGGCGACCCCGUCCUUCCAGGGUGGCCCAGCUCGCCGAUCGGUUUCGGUGUCAGCGACCAGAGUUCGGAGGCGGGCGAGAGUCACGGUAGCGGUGCUUGGCGGGAGUCGGCCUUUUUCUUGGGGCCGCUUCUGCGCCGGACCCCAAGGUGUGAAUGACAGAGGUGGUGCUGUCCAGUGCCCUCAGCGAGGUCAGCCUGCGCCUCCUCUGCCACGAUGACAUAGACACCGUGAAGCACCUGUGCAGCGACUGGUUCCCCAUUGAGUACCCAGACUCGUGGUAUCGUGAUAUCACAUCCAACAAGAAGUUCUUCUCCCUUGCUGCCACCUAUAGAGGCGCCAUCGUGGGAAUGAUAGUAGCUGAAAUUAAGAGCAGGACCAAAAUACAUAAAGAGGAUGGAGAUAUUCUAGCCUCCAACUUCUCUGUGGACACACAGGUUGCAUACAUUCUAAGUCUGGGAGUAGUGAAGGAAUUCAGAAAGCACGGCAUAGGAUCUACCGCCAAGCCCACAGCCUGCUGUGCAGCUUCCUUCCAUGGUCAGGCAUCUCCACCAAGAGCGGCAUCGAGUACGGCCGCACCAUGUGACGCCAGUGGGGCAGCCUCCACCAGGCCCCACACCUUACCACCCUACAGAGCCCACAGAGCCCACCUUCCUCUCCAUCUGACCUCUCCUCUCCGCAAGGAGCUGGCUGCCACUUGUUGGCCUAUUGGCCUGCCCCAGCUGCAGGCCCGGUGCUACAUGGGCUCAGGAGCUGAGCAUGCAUCCAGCCUCCAGCAGGCUCCCUGGCUCUCCUCCUUGCUUCUGGAAACUUCUGCCUCCACCUAGUGGACUUGCACCAGGCCUCUCUCACUGCACUGCCCUCCUGUCAACUCCUUCCUGCAAAUCCAGAUGGACUUUCUGCUGCAAAGGAGAAAGUGUGGACACCCUUGAACCUGAAGACAUAGGAACCUCAGAGCAAUAGAACUGUAGUCAAGGAAAUGCCUGGCCUUUUGUUGAGGACCAAGCUGAAGAAGCCUGAGAGGCUGGCAAGGGGUGGGCAGAAGGGGCAUAGCUCUACACGAAAGCAUAGCUUCUGGCUCAAGAAAUUAGACCAUGGGACAGUUACAUGCUCCUCAAUGGCCUCCUGCUACACACUUCUCACUGUCUGGAGAGGUCAUCCUGCCUGUUGGCUCCCAGUGUGCUCCAUGCAGCUGACCUGUGCUGGGAGCUGGCCUGCAGGCAGGUGAUAGUGAGGCUCCUGGGGCCCUGCCCUGCCUGUCUUCUAUGAGCUGCAGCUCCAAGACCUGGCCAGAUAUAAGAGGAGGUCAAGCCCCAUAUUGGGCAACCCUGCUGCCAUGGGCCGGUGUGGCCUAGUCUUACAGGCAGGAGGCAGUCCAUGCUUACCGCCCUUUAGUCUCCGAGAGCAAAGCCUGUGUCAACCUCAUAAAUCAUGCUUGCAGUGUGCAUAUGUCACACGCUUCUAGCAUCCCUCACCUUGGACCCACAGGCUACUUGCUGCCAUGUCCUGCCCAUCACUGCUGCACUAUCACAGGAACCAGGGAAGAAUGCCCUUGCAGUCCCUCACUGUGCAGCCUGAAGGAGAGGAGGAGCAGCUCUGCAGAUGGGCCCUUGGUGACUUGAGUGCUUCCUUCCUGGACCAGGCCUCCUUGCAACCUCAAAGGGUCCUCACCAUGCAGGCAGGCCCCAGGCAGGAAAAAGGUCCCCCUCCCUCAACAGUGUUGGCCAGCGGGUGGCCCAAAUUGUGCUGGCGAGCAUCGGCUGUGUGCUGAGGCCCCAUAUUUGAGUCCUCUCUUCUCAACAGUGAUCAUAUGAUUUUCAUUUCUGUCCCAUGUGGUCAAAGAGAGUCUUCCAGAAGAUUCUCCCUUGGACAUUUACAAUCCAGCUCAGAGGCCUUGCCCUGCCCUGCCCUCCCUCCUGUUCUCUAAUCAUGGCAGUGUCUAGCCCAGUAUUGAAUAGAUUGUAGUGUUUUGUCUCAUCAUAAAUAAAUAGACUGUAACUGGU